AUGCACCGCGGACUGAGCCCAGCCUCCCCGACGGUCGGGAAGAUGGCGGCCCCUGCCGCAGAGCCGCAGUUCCUGGUACAGUACUUGGUGCUACGAAGAGAUCUAUCGCAGGCUCCGUUCUCCUGGCCCGUGGGCGCCUUGGUGGCGCAGGCGUGUCACGCAGCCACCGCGGCCCUGCAUAUCCACCGCGACCACCCGCACACGGCGGCCUACCUCGGGGAGCUAGGGCGCAUGCGCAAGGUGGUUCUCGAGGCCCCAGAUGAGAACACCCUGAAGGAGCUGGCGAGGACCCUACAAGAGAAGAGCGUGGACCACACGCUGUGGCUGGAGCAGCCCGAGAACAUCGCCACGUGCAUCGCGCUGCGGCCCUACCCCAAGGAGGAAGUGAGCCAGCUCUUGAAGAAGUUUCGAUUAUUCAGGUGACUGCUGCGACCUGGGGCUUUGUUCGGCUGGACUCCGAACAGCAUGCCACCCACCCCUGAGCGCCAUGGACUCUCAGGGCCAGCUCGCUCUUGCCGUUAAGUUAGGACAGGGUCAAAAUUAUACCGAUUAAAGGUGUUAUUAACAAGGC